AUGAAAGUCGGGGACAUUCCAAACGAAGUUUAUAAUAGAAGGAACUAGGUUCAUCGAUUAGUUGAAAUGGAAGAAAUGAAUUUAAAGAAUGACGAGAAUGUGCAUUAAUCAUUGAUUUAUGAAGAGAAUUAAAAAAAACCUAAAGUAUCUCAAUCAGAACCUGUUGGCUUUUUGGCAAGGAUGUUCGGAAUGUCUAAAUCUAAACCAGAGUAAAAGGAAGAAGAAUACAAGCCAACUGAAUUGAAGGAUCAUUAUAAUCUAUAUGAUGAAGAUUGGUUUGAUGCAUAGAGGAACAUUAUCUAAAAAUCAUAGGAAACAUCUACAGCUGAUGGAAACAAUGAAAUUAUUCAUUUAAUUUGUCCAGAUGACACAAUAGAAGGGCUGGAAUUAUAAUAUGGAGUGCCUGCAUGUAGAAUAAGGACGUAUAACAAUUUACAAACAAAUGAUAUAUUUUAUUUGAAGAAAUUGAGCAUUCCUAAUCCUACAAGUGAUAAUAAAAAAUAAGAAAUCAAUAUGGAGAAAUACAUGUAAGAAUUAAAAAUUGGAUUGUUUCUAGAUGCAGUUUGUUAACCAGAAGAUAAAAAUCGUAAAGUUGCGAUAUUUUACUUAGAUAUGAAUAAUUGGAAUUACAUGAAGGCUACUCAGGAAUAUUUGGAUGAUUACAAAUUCGAAUUAUAAUAACAUAAAGCCAAGAAAGUGUCUACUCAUAAAGCAUAAGCCUGA